AAAGCCAAAGCCUGAGCAACUUAGCUUUGCAGUGGCAUGGGGCCCUGGGCAAUUGCUCUCCUUGCUACCCUCUAAUGCCAGUUGUUGCGGCACUGCCGGGCCGUGGAGUUUUUAUAGCCUGUUUGUGGCUCCGAAAGAAAAAGGUUGAGAACCCCUGUUGUAGGAGAUAUUGGUACAUUCAAUUAAAAUAUUUUCUACAAACAUCGUAUCCCUCUCAAAACAGAUUUCUGUUGACAACAAAACUCUAGCAUGUCGGGCCUGAUUCCCCUCUGCCUUUUCACAAUGUGCAAAGUGAUGACUUUUUGGAGGAAGAAUAAAACUCCGUAUCUCAAGCAACUAUUCCUGUUGCUUAAAAUGUCUGUGCUGCUGUUUCCAUCUGCAUGUUCCUUGCUGCGCUCCUGUCAGCUAUCUGGGAGGCAAGAGAGAGCCCGUAAGAAGCUGAGCUAUAAUAGUGCCUGCUUCAAACUGUUCUGAAAUUUAGUCUUCAGACCAUCUAUAUCCUGGCUUCUAUUUUACUCAUUGUUAGUACUUUAAGUACGUGAUUUGUCACAGUGACUUCAAUGGGACUACUUAAGUCUUUGCAGGAUCAAGUCCUUACUUUCCACAGAAGCAGCUCUGCCAUCUAGGAUGGGAUCCAAGCUUUCAGUGGACGACUCGGUGCGUGUUGUGAUCGUUGGAGGAGGUUUCGGGGGAAUUGCAGCUGCCAGACAACUAAAGUCCUGGGGAAUCCCCUUUGUUCUUGUGGACAUGAGAGAUGCAUUCCACCACAAUGUGGGCGCUCUCCGGGCCUCUGUAGAGAGCGGAUUUGCCAAGAAAACCUUCAUCUCUUACUCUGUGACCUUUGAGGAGAGCUUCCGACAAGCUAAGGUGGUUGGAAUAGACUUACUGAGGCAGAAAGUCUUGCUGAAUGAUAAUGAGGAGCUUUUCUACUCUCACCUCAUCCUUGCUACAGGCAGUGAUGGGCCUUUCCCUGGGAAGUUUAACCAGAUCAUUGACAUGGAAACUGCCAUUCAGACGUAUGAUGACAUGGUCAAGGAGCUCCAGAAAUCUCCACGUAUUGUGAUAGUAGGUGGUGGUGCUGCUGGAGUGGAGAUGGCUGCAGAGAUCAAAACAGAAUAUCCAGCCAAAGAGGUCACCCUCAUUCACUCAAAAAUCGCACUGGCUGAUGUGGAGCUCCUACCAAGUGUCCGGCAGGUGGUGAAGGAGAUUCUUCUCAGGAAAGAAGUGAAUCUCUUGUUAAGUGACAGAGUCAGCAACCUGCAUAUGCUGACUUUAAACCGAUUCCAAGAGAAUAUGGCAGUCAAGACAGAAAAGGGCACAGAGGUUGCUGCUGACAUGGUGAUUCUCUGCACUGGUAUAAAGAUCAAUUCAUCGGCAUACAGCAGUGCAUUUGGGGACAAGCUGGCGGGUAAUGGUGCUUUAAAGGUCAACCAGUACCUCCAGGUGGAAGGGUAUGAUAAUAUCUAUGCUAUUGGUGAUUGUGCUGAUGUGAAGGAACCAAAGAUGGCAUACCAUGCUGGGCUCCAUGCCAAUAUUGUGGUGACAAACAUCAUCAACAGUCUGACACAGAAACCUCUUAAAACCUACCAGCCAGGAUCACUAACCUUCCUGCUGUCGAUGGGCCGGAAUGAUGGGGUAGGCCAGAUUAAUGGAUGCUACGUGGGACGUCUGUUAGUGACCAUUGCAAAGAGCCGGGACCUUUUUGUUUCUAAGAGCUGGGAGACUAUGGGACAGACUAUGCCCUGCUAGAUAGAAAGGACAAUGAUAAAGUAGCAAGGGAAUACAUGUAUCGACUGGCAUUAACAAAGCUGGAAAAGAAUAAAAGGUUCAUCAUUACCAAAAUGACACAGGCUAUAUGGCUUUUUACUGAUAGUAAUACUGCACCAAAAGAUCAUGUAUUACGAAUCCCAUUCUUUAGCAUGAUGCAUUAUAAUAACAUAAAGCACACUCUUUUUAAAAUGGCUCUGUUACGUGGAUCUGCACAGAAACUGUAUUUCUUGCUGAAACUUUUUCAACACUCAGUUCACAUGCUAAGAUGGAGCUGAGACAGGAAUUCAAUUUAAAUGGAUUUUAAAAUAAAAGAAGUAGCAGAA